AUGGCGCAAAAGCAGGCGACCAGGACCAACCAGGCGAUCACCUUGAAGGGAUCAACUGCCAUGGUGACUGAAUUCUUCGAGUACAGCGUCAAUAGCAUUCUAUAUCAGCGCGGUGUCUAUCCUUCUGACGACUUCAGAAUGGUCAAAAAAUACGGUAUACCCAUGUUGAUCACUGCGGAUGAGAGCGUCAAAGAAUACCUGCAAACCAUCCUGGCACAAGUACAGGAAUGGCUCAUGUCCUCUGCCAUUUCACGUCUGGUCCUCGCGAUUAAAUCCGUUGAGACUGACGAGACUCUCGAGCGCUGGCAAUUCGAGAUACACACCGAUGAAGCAGCUGCAAACGGUACAGCGCCCAAGGAGAAGACUUCAACAGGAGCUAAGAGAAAGGAAAAGACGGAGAAAGAGGUGCAAGGGGAGAUCAGGGAAAUCAUGAAGCAGAUCACGAGCAGUACUUCUUUCCUGCCGAUACUGGACGGUGAAUGCACAUUCACGUUGCUAGCAUAUACCAAUGAUUCGCUUGAUGCUGUUCCGGCUACUUGGGGAGAUGCGGAUCCACAUCUCAUCGACCGGGGCAAGGUCGAGCAAGUCAGAUUACGGAGCUUCAGCACGAAUGUGCACUCCUUAGAGGCCAUGGUGGCGUAUCGCGUUGGGGAAUAG